UUCACCAAGGGGUGGGUGCCUAUGAAGAAGGAUUCCUGGCAGCCUGUGAGGAAAUAUCCUAUGUUCCGAAAUGGAAGUUUACCAUUAAAAAUGUCCAGCCAGAAACGAGCAAUUUAUGAGUCAGUGUGCCAGAGAAAGAUUUUUGAGACAGAUAGCGAAGAUGAAGAGAUUAUGGUUUCUGACAUUGUGAUCGUGUGCCAAAAUGGAGGCGGAAACUUCACCACAAUCAAUGAUGCCAUUCUUGCUGCUCCAAACAACACUAACUCUUCUGAUGGGUACUUUCUGAUCUAUGUUACAGCCGGUGUUUACCAAGAGUAUGUGUCCAUUCCGAAGAACAAGAGGUAUUUGUUGAUGAUUGGAGACGGUAUCAAUCGGACCAUAAUCACAGGCAACCGAAGCGUAGAUGAUGGUUGGACGACGUUCAAUUCCGCAACUUUUGCUGUGGUUGCACCAGGGUUCGUGGCCGUGGACAUUACUAUUCGCAACACUGCUGGGCCAACAAAGCACCAGGCAGCUGCACUUCGAAGUGGGGCAGAUAUGUCCACGUUUUACAGCUGCAGCUUUGAGGGGUACCAGGACACAUUGUACACACAUUCUCUCAGGCAAUUCUAUCGGGAAUGUGAUAUAUAUGGGACAGUUGACUUCAUAUUUGGAAAUGCUGCCGUUGUUCUCCAAAACUGCAACAUAUAUCCUCGGCUCCCAAUGAGUGGGCAAUUCAAUACCAUCACAGCUCAAGGUCGAACGGACCCAAAUCAAAGCACAGGUAUCUCAGUUCAUAAUUGUAGAAUUAGAGCAGCUAACGAUUUGGAUGCAAGCGAUGGUACUAAUCAAACAUACCUAGGGAGGCCAUGGAAGGAGUACUCCAGGACGGUUUACAUGCAAUCUUUCAUGGACAGCUUGAUAAAUCCAGCAGGCUGGCAUGAAUGGAGUGGAAGUUUUGCACUAAACACAUUGUAUUAUGCGGAAUAUGGAAAUAGAGGACCUGGAUCAGAAACUGCGAAUAGAGUGACAUGGCCUGGUUACCAUGUGAUUGACGGCGCUGAUGCUGCUAAUUUUACAGUAUCUUUCUUCUUGCUGGUGGAAGAUGAUUGGUUGCCUUGA